GUCAUCCAAGUGAAAAGCUGUCAGCGAUGGAGAACAAGAAAGGAAGGGGUAUCUUGGAGCGUCUGAAUGCUGGGGAGGUUGUUGUAGGAGAUGGAGGUUAUGUUUUGCAGCUAGAGCGACGUGGCUAUGUAAAGGCAGGAGACUGGACACCUGAGGCUGCUGUUGAACACCCUGAAGCAGUACGGCAAUUGCACAGGGAGUUCUUGAGAGCAGGAGCCAAUGUGCUUCAGACGUUUACCUUCUACUGCAGUGAGGAUAAGCUGGAGAUCAGUGGUAGCGUCACCAACAUCACUGGGGUUCAAAUCAACGAAGCAGCCUGUGACUUGGCCAGGGAGGUAGCCAAUGAGGGUGAUGCAUUGGUCGCUGGGUGCGUGUCUAAGACUCCAUGUUAUGUGAAGAGUCACAGUGAGACUGAGGUCAAGGCCAUCUUUAAAAAGCAGAUGGAUAACUUCCUCAAGAAGAACAUCGAUUUCCUUAUUGUAGAGUUUGUUGAUCAUGUGGAAGAAGCAGUGUGGGCAGUGGAGGUGUUAAAGACCAGCGGUAAACCCGUGGCUGCCACACUGUGCAUCUCCCCUCAUGGUGACCUGCAAGGAAUCCCACCUGGAGAGUGCGCAGUCAGGCUGGUCAAAGCCGGAGCUGAUAUUGUUGGAGUAAACUGCCACUUGGACCCCCUGACAUGUGUUCGUACAGUGAAGUUGAUGAAAGAGGGAUUAGAGAAAGCUGGUCUCAAAGCCCAUCUCAUGAUCCAGCCAUUUGGCUUUCACACACCGGAGUGCAACAUCGGUGGAUACGUCAGCCUGCCUGAGUACCCCUUCGCCCUGGAGACCAGAUCAAUUACCCGCUGGGACGUUCAUAAAUAUGCCAGAGAGGCUUACAAUGCUGGAAUUCGCUACAUUGGUGGCUGCUGUGGAUUUGAAGCCUACCACAUCAGAGCUAUAUCAGAGGAGCUGGGUGCAGAGAGAGGGUUCCUCCCACCAGCUUCAGAGAAGCAUGGACUGUGGGGAGCUGCUCUGGAGAUGCACACUAAACCCUGGGUCAGAGCCAGGGCUCGCCGAGAGUAUUGGGAAAACCUGUUGCCUGCAUCCGGACGUCCCAAAUGCCCUUCCAUGGCUACACCAGCCGAUGAUUAUGAAGAACGGCUGAAAUCUUACAUACCAUCAUAAUUUCUUGUAUACACGAUAAAGUUUUUUUCAUAUCAGGAAUAACAAUGAAGGAUCGGAUCAAUCAGGGCUUUGUUCUGUUCUAAAACUCACAUUUCAAUCUCUUUAUUUUCAUUGUACUAUUUGAUAGUCUGUCCAUAGUCAAGUUGCUCAUACCGUAGUAGUAGUUUAGUUGAAUCAGCUGCAUCCCUUUCUUUUUCGAUAACUAUAUGCACUAACCAUAAACCUAGCCAGUUGUAUAUACAACACAGUUGGUCUUAUAUUGGUGAACUCACUUAUUAGUUUGAAAACAUCUUCACAGGCUUAUCACAUCUGAUAAGUGAUUGUUGUAAUCUGCUGCUAAAUAUUUGAAUAA